UAAUGAACAAUCCUCGUCCAUCAUAACUUCCAGCCUAAAAGGCAACACCAUCACAAUUGCCACCCACUUCUUAAUAAUAGGUUCCAGAGACAUAUUUGGCAUAACCUAAUUGGGUUCCUGCUAGCUCUUAAAUUCAGCCAGGUAUAUUGGGCUAACCAAUGCCACUUUAACAGACAGGAUUAAUUUAAAAUCCUUAAUAUUUGUAGUAGCCAAUGUAUGGCUAAUAACAGUUGAUACAAUCAAGUGGACCAGUUGUUACUUAAGGAAAUGUAAUAACAAAUUUAUAAUCAUAUAGGCAAUCAAAGGUGAAUCAAGAAUUGAAUAUAUUCCUUACACUAAAGAAGUUACUGAGUAUGUGACAUAAGAGGUGGUCGAAUAUGUGCCAAGAGAGAGAAAAAUUACUGACUAUUAUGCUGUUGAAUAUGUGACUGAACAUAUUCCAUAAGUAAUCUAAGAAAAAUAUAUUGGUAUUUGAUAAAAUUUAUGAUUUAUGCAGAGUAUGUACCAGUUGAGACAAUAAAGGAGAGAACAGAGUACUAAGCAGUGACAAAACAAAGUGUAGUAUAAGCACCAAUAGAUUAUUAAUAAAUUCAGACAACUCAAUAAUAUUAAGGUAAAUAAAUUUUAUUUAAAUUUAUUUUAGUAGCUGCCCCAAUUUAAUAUGCCUAAACCUAUACAUAACCAAUUCAAUAUACCUAGACAACCGCAUAACCAAUUCAAUAUACCUAGACAACAACAGCAUAACCAAUCUAAUAUGCUUAAACAACUACAUAACCAAUCCAAUAUGCUUAAACAACCACAUAACCAAUCCAAUAUGCUUAAAAAACAGCCCAAUUUGUACCAACUACUCAAAGUCAAUAUGUGACAGUUCCAGUUACAAACUCUUAAUUUGUCCCAUAAUCCUAUUCCACAGCUGCAUAUGGGGCUCCAGUAACAACUUAUGGCUAGGUUACCUAGAAUUCAGCUUAUUUACCAUCAACUGGAUAUGUCCAACCUGGAGUUGGAUAAGUUACUACAACAACAUAGUAGUAUUCAACUGGAUGGUAAUAAGUAUAUCCAGCAUCAACAGGAAAUGUUUAAACUUAAUUGCCAUAAUAAUAGGUAGGUCAAUUGCAAAAACCAGGAUAGAGUCCUAAGUACGCAUGAU